AUUCCAUACCGUAAGUUUUGUACUUUUGUCGGCCAAUCAAAAUGUUUCUAACAAAGUAUUUUCUAAAAAUAUCCAGUCGUCAUCUUACUAUUCGGACAGCCUCCGGAUUUUUCUUGAUAUUGGCGGUAAAGUAUGAAUAUGGCUGAAUCGUCCGCAGCCCGUCUGCAAAUGUUGAUAAACAGGGCACAAAGAUUAAAUACAGAAGCAGCAAGACCACAAGUUGUCGAAAAUCAAGAUGACGAUGAUUUCUUGUCUGGAUUUCAACACUUCAGACGAAGUCAUGAAUCAAGACGAGCAGGGUCAUCCAGGAAAAAGAAAAAACCUAUGUACUCAUUCAAAGUGACAUGUUUGGAUAGUCCAGAAUAUCAAACUAUUAAUCCUACCAUUGUGAAAGCAAUGAAUGAAAAGCAAUUAGGUUAUCGUCCUAUUAAGAUUGAAAGAUCUGCAACAAUAAAUAAACUGACAGAAAAAGUCAUGUCCAUCUUUAAGUUCACAUGUGCUUUCAAAUAUAUGAAAGCAGUGAGAAAUACCAUCAAUAUAUGUGAGCUUAAAGAAUUGCAAGUCACUUCAACAAAGGAUGUGAAAUCCAAAAUAGGCAGGUCAAACCUGUAUAUUUUACCAGCAGAAAAGAUAGGCCAGAGUUCUCCUGAAGAGAGCAGUGACGAGUCAGGAAGCAGUUUGCCUAACCCCCAUUUGGAUGCUAUACCACAAAGAAGAUCAAGGUUGUGUCAUAGAAAUAAUGUAAGAACAAGUCUAGUAUAAUGAUAUUAAGUUAAAAGUUAAAUCAAAGAUUUUUUUUUUAUAGAAAAUCCCAAAUAAUGUUUUUCAUCAACACACAAACAUACUAAUCAGGGCAAUCAAUUUAUUCGCGUUAAAUUGUAGUUUACAUUUAUAUCAAUACAAAACAUUAAAUCUUGUAUUUUUUACCUUACUAGACCAAAAGGGUCAUGUGUGCGUUUGCCUUCACUUGGCAUUAUAUGUCAUUGUAAACUGUUUAAAAAAUCUUCAAUGUACCUAUUAGACCAAAUAAUAUCAAGUUCCACCUGACGUUCCUCAUGGUUAUAGUCUGAAAAUUU